CGCCGUCAAUAAGGGCGGGAGACCGCGCGCUUUCCCGAUCCCGAGGACGGCAGGUCGAAGAAGGUACUUUCUGGGAGAGGAAGAUAAAUAAAGCAAACCCUCCCGCCCUGUACCUCUCCCUCUCCCUCCCUCCCUCCCUCUCUCUGGACGGGGAAAGAGUGACAGAAAGUGAGGCCAAAGAAGGACUUGAGAUUUGGAAGCCCCAGCCUCUACCUCGCCCCCCUUUGUUUCUUGUCUCUCUCUCAUCGUCCUCUGACAGAGUCUUCUGAUUAUUGCACCGGAGAGGGAGCGAGAAAGAAAGAAUGGGUAGGGGGAAGUUCAAAGGGAAGCCCACCGGACGCAGGCAUUUCUCUACCCCGGAGGAGAUGCUUGCUGGUUCCUCUGCACGGCCACGUACUUUUAGACGGGAUGAGGAAGAAGAAUCUGAAGAGGAAGAAGAAAGUUCGGAAGGAGAAGUUGAAGAAACGAAAAAGAAAGGGACACAAGGCGUUAUUGAGAUUGAAAAUCCUAACCUAGUUAAGCCUAAAACUUUGAAAGCAAGAGAUGCUGAUUUGGAGCAAACAACCGAGCUUUCAAGGCGUGAGAGGGAAGAGAUAGAGAAACAAAAGGCUCAUGAACGUUAUAUGAGAUUGCAGGAACAAGGGAAAACAGAGCAAGCUAGAAAAGAUUUAGAACGACUGCAGUUGAUCCGACAACAAAGGGCAGAAGCUGCAAAAAAGCGGGAAGAAGAAAAAGCUGCCAAAGAGUUGAGGAAGACCCAGGCUCGCAAAUGAUAAGAAUUGCGAAAUAGAUGCAUCAGAUAUAAGAAAUUCAAGUAUUUUAAUUGUAAAAGGGUAAAUUAGUGCAUUAUAAGUGCCAUAGCAGAUAUUUAUUCAACUGAGAGCAACCUCUAUUUUAUGUCUGAAUAUGAGCAGGGGAGAUCCUGCUUCCUUUUCUUUAAUGCUGCAGGUGUCUCUUCUGUUGGAUCGUCUUUGCA